UCGAAGAUCACAGACUCUCAAGAAGUCCAUGGAUAAAUUUCAGUGUUGCAAACAUAAAAAAAUAAACAAAAAAUAAAUGAAUGAAUGAAUGAAUAAAUGACGACCCAUGCUUUCCACUAAUCUCUAGCUGAAAUUUGGCGUUUUCCUUCAAGUAUGUUUAACCAGAGCAUCGAAAGCCAACACAUUCCUUAUAUACCACAAACAUAUCUUGUAAGCACAAAUAUUUUGCGGCUGCAAGUCACUUUGGACCGAGAAUCUCCAACCUAACAAAUUCUAAAAUUCUAAAAAAAAAAAAAAGCCCAACAAAAACUAAAAAAUCAACUAACUUUUCUGAAAGCAAACUCCUGUUGUGCAACCUAGGGAAUUUCCACAGAACCCCUCCUCCAUCGGUGUUGAGGACCGAGGAGUCUUAGCUCCUUCUUGGAUCCCGCCUACUUGGGGGCGUGGUUCGUGUUGGACUUGAUGUUGAGACCAAACGCGCACUACAAACUGAACAUUUUUUUCCUUGCUCUACAGAGGAGAAAGAUCUCCUGCUUGACGCUUCUGAGACAAGUGCGGCGCGAGCUGCUUUCCCUUUCACAAAUAGGGCGCAGGCUCACUUGACUGAAUCGAACGUGGUCUUCCUUACUCGAGAAAGUAGAAAGUUCUUCCUUGCGCUUCUGAGGCUAGUGAGGCGCAGGCUACUCUGACUUACACAGGUGGAGCGUAAGCUGCUCAUCUGAACAGAACCGAACGUGAUCUUCCUUAAGCGAUGGAGGACUAAGGUCCUCCAGGAACGCGUUUCUGAGACUAGUGAGACGCACUGCUCGGCCAAACACGUGUGGGGGCAGGCGGCCCAUUUGGACAGAACCGAACUCGGUCGGAUUGAGCGUCACCGCAAACCCCUGGGAAACUUUCAUCCCGGGGGGAUGUGCCGCUCUAGGAGGACGGCGGGUCCGGUCCCUUGGAAGGAUCUCACUUAUGUGUUCCUGAGCUUGUUUCUUGUUGAUUCAGUCGGCACCAUGAUGGCAGGCCCCCAGCAGCACCAGAAACAUGGCCUGGAUGUCCAAUGUCCAGCAGGACAAUACCUGAAGACUCUUUUGGCCCAUAAUAGAACAGUAGUGUGUGCGCCCUGCCGCAGUGGGAUAGACUUUACUGAGUACCCCAACGGACUUCCCUCCUGCAUCCCUUGUCAGAUCUGCAAGCCAGGCCAGAAAGAGGUGAAACCGUGUACCAUCACCCAGAAUACCCAGUGUCACUGCAAGUCUGGCACCUUCUGUCCAAAAGACCAUCCCUGCGAGAUCUGCAAAAAGUGUAAAUUCAAGUGCCCCAAAGGGAUGGUAGAAAUCAAUCCUUGCAGCCCCUGGAGUGACUUGGAGUGUGAUGGACCUCUGCCAUCAGACACAAGAAAUCUUUGGAUAAGAUUUCUAUUGUUGAUGGUAGCAAUAUUCCUCGUGGUUGGUCUCUUCGGCAUUUUUUUCCUCCAUCUUUUGUGUGAAGGUAAGAUAGUUGAUCCAGAAAACCCCAAGCCUCCUGAGAACAUCAAGAUGAAUGGCCUUCUAAAUCCACAGUCACAGUCACAGUCACAGUCACUAUUCCCAGCUGAUGGUAACCAUAUAAAGACUUUGGAGAAGUCUUUUAAUAUCUUUGAAGAGGAGGUACCUUGGGGAUCCUGGGACAAGUACAUGAGGCAGCUGGAUCUGAGUGACAAUGACAUCCUUUUAGUCAAAGAAACUGAGCCAAAUGUUAAAGAACGUCCACAUAGACUGCUCAUGACAUGGCUGAGUAAAACUGGCAAAGAUGCCAGUGUGAAUUGCCUACUGAGGACCCUGGACCAGAUACAACAGAAAGCUGCCAGACAAAACAUUCAGGACAGACUCAUCAGGAGCAACCUCUAUAUCUGUCAGGAAAGAGAGGAUGAAAACACAAAUUAAGGAAGGGGCUUCAGAUGUCUUAUUCUGUGAAUACAUUAACUUUGAAUGAACAAAGAAUAACCAGACGUGAAGGAUAUGCAGAUACUUGAUUUCUAAGGAUUCUUGUUUUCCCCCAUUUGUAAAACCAAGAGAUAGUUCAUCAAGGGCCUGUUUCUCAUGGGGUUUCUGGUCUUAAGAUGGGUAUCAGGGUAUUUUGCUUUGUAUGCCCUAGAACUCACUGCCUUACGGUAGCAGGUAAGAGUUAUAUGUAGGGAUUAUUUAUAUAUUUAUCUUAAAAUUUGUGUCUAUAUGUUCAUGUAUAUGAACACCUGUGUCGAUACUGGUUGUGGGGCAUCAGCUGCCAAAAAAAAAUGGAAACUGGAAAAUGUCUAAAAAUCUUCCAGGCCAAAGAGGUUUUUCCUUUCUGUAGUCUGCUUUCUGUGUUCUUUUGUUCUGCGGUUAUUUCUCUCUUAGACCACUUUGGAUAAAACAGUGAAAGGAGGAAGCUGGAGAAUGGGGGUUUGGGGGAAGUAGAUAGUCAACAGCUACUUUCCCGAAGUCUUGCCAUAUUCUGAAGGCCUGUGAUUUUUCAAGGUCUUAUCUGUUUACAUCUAUAUGAUUACAGUAUUAUCAAUAUGCUGUCCGUGUUAUAAACCCUUGCCUAAAAUAAGUGUUGCUUUUUUGAGGCCUAAGAUACAAUACAGGUGGUUCUCAGAAAUGUUUUUUAUUCUAUACUUUUUAAAAAAGCAAAUUAGAAAAUGUCUUUUUUAAUCCAGUGGUGUCAUUUUUUAAAAGUGUCAUUUUAAAAAAUUCUUUGCAGUAAGAAAAAUACUAUGACUGUGUAACUAAGUCCAAAUAGCGUAUUGUGACCUGGGCAAGUGGCUUCACUUAUUUGAUCAAUAAUUUAAUUAGUGAAAAUGGGGACAAUAAUACCCGUCCAUCUUUACUCCAUGCAUAUUGAGAGGAUAACAUUCAAAAGCACUUUGAAAAUGCUACAAAAAUGAAUUUUUUUUAGUUUGAAUUAUUUCAUUGUAGUCUAGUGGAAGUAAGCACAAGACUUGGUUCUUUCUAGUCCUCAUUGCACAGUAACUUAUGUGACUAUGAACCAAUGAACUUUGUGAACAAACAAGUCACUUUACUCUGGGUCUGUUUCAUCACGAAAAACAACUUGGGGCAGCUAGAUGGUGUAGUAGAUAGAAUAAGGACCCUGAAAUCAGGAAAAUGAGUUCAAAUUCAGCCUCACACUUAAUAUUUCCUAGCUGUGUGAUCCCAGGCACACAGCUCCAAAUGCCUUAGGGAAGAAGGAAAAAAAAAAAAAGUAAACAGACCAUCAGUCACUUUGAAUCAGUUCUACUUUGUACUUUGGACCAGUAGUUUCCAAAUUUAUAUGGCGAGGUUGGACCCUUUCAGGCGGCUUGUUUCUGGUUAUGUUUCAAACUCUAUGGAACAAGAAAGUUAGACUGUCUUUUGCGGGGAUGUUUCACUUUUGUUUUUCAUAUCUCCCAGUCAUAUAUUCUUCACUUCUGAUAAGGACUUCACUGCAGCUGGUUUUCUUUGUAGAACCUGUGUCUAAAACAUACAUUUCAAGUUUUGGGCGAAUGUUCUGUAGUCCUGUUACACUGUGAGUAGAAUUUACCUAAUUUGUCUCACUUGGCCAGAUGUGGGGUGGAGAUGCUAAGUGAUGAACAGGAAGGAAAAACCAAAGGGAAUCUCCACCACUGAAUAACUAAGUUGCUUUUGCAGAAAAAAUUGAAAUGUCCUGCUGAUCAGACACUACUGCCCAGAACAAGGGAUUACUUGUAUAUCUCAGGAAUCAUUUCAAGUUUAGGGGAUCACUGUGAAUUCUGAUCCUAUCAGAGAACAGCUGUGACUAGAAAAUGGAAACUUUAUGCACUUACUGUGGGAUUAAAUGUUUUGUUACUAAUGAAAUGUAAUUGUAAAUGGAAGGACCCUAUUUUUUGCUUCCCUAUUUUCUCAGAAUUGAUCCAAGAAACAAGGUCAUUCCAGAAGAGCAAGAACAAUAACAAUGGCAUUGUGUAUAAAAUAGUUAUGUAUUUAUGAAUUUAUGAUCAAAUUAAAUAUGAAACCUUGUAUAAAAA